CCGGUCCUCGGCCCCCCACUCCCCUGCCGCGCGCCCCACCAUGCCGCGGGGGCCCGCACCCUUCUACGCCUGCCUCCUGGGGCUCUGCGCGCUCGUGCCGCGCCUCGCAGGACUCAACAUAUGUACCAGCGGAAGUGCCACCUCUUGCGAAGAAUGUCUGCUAAUCCAUCCAAAAUGUGCCUGGUGCUCCAAAGAGUACUUUGGCAGCCCAAGGUCUGUCACCUCACGGUGUGACUUGAAGGCAAACCUCAUCCGAAACGGCUGUGAUGGUGAAAUCGAGAGCCCGGCCAGUAGCACCCAUAUCCGGCGGAGCCUGCCACUCAGCAACAAAGGCUCCAGCACCAUGGGCUCCGACGUCAUCCAGAUGAUGCCACAGGAAGUUGCCCUAAACCUUCGGCCUGGUGACCAGACUACUUUCCAGCUCCAAGUGCGCCAGGUGGAAGACUACCCUGUGGAUCUGUACUACCUGAUGGACCUUUCCCUCUCUAUGAAGGAUGACUUGGACAGCAUCCGCAACCUGGGCACCAAGCUUGCCGAGGAGAUGAGGAAGCUCACGAGCAACUUCCGGUUGGGUUUUGGGUCCUUUGUUGACAAGGACAUCUCUCCUUUUUCCUACACAGCACCGAGGUACCAGACGAAUCCAUGCAUUGGUUACAAGUUAUUUCCAAACUGCGUCCCAUCCUUUGGGUUCCGCCAUCUGCUACCUCUCACAGACAGAGUGGACAGCUUCAAUGAGGAAGUUCGGAAACAGAGGGUGUCCAGGAACCGCGAUGCCCCCGAGGGGGGCUUUGAUGCAAUCCUCCAGGCUGCUGUCUGCAAGGAGAAGAUUGGCUGGCGGAAAGAUGCGUUGCACCUUCUGGUGUUCACAACAGAUGAUGUGCCCCACAUCGCACUGGAUGGAAAACUAGGAGGGCUGGUGCAGCCCCACGAUGGCCAGUGCCACUUGAAUGAGGCCAAUGAAUACACUGCAUCCAACCAGAUGGACUACCCAUCCCUUGCCCUUCUUGGAGAGAAGUUGGCAGAGAAUAACAUCAAUCUCAUCUUUGCUGUGACAAAAAACCACUAUAUGCUCUACAAGAAUUUUACCGCUCUGAUACCUGGAACCACAGUGGAGAUUUUACAUGGAGACUCCAAAAAUAUCAUUCAACUGAUUAUCAAUGCAUACAGUAGUAUCCGGUCUAAAGUGGAGCUGUCUGUCUGGGACCAGCCAGAAGACCUUAAUCUCUUCUUCACUGCUACCUGCCAAGAUGGUGUAUCCUACCCAGGCCAGAGGAAAUGUGAAGGUCUGAAGAUUGGAGACACGGCAUCUUUUGAGGUGUCAGUGGAGGCCCGGAGCUGCCCUAGCAGACACACAGAGCACAAGUUCGCCCUGCGGCCCGUGGGGUUCCGGGACAGCCUGCAGGUGGCGGUCACCUACAGCUGCACGUGUGGCUGCAGUGCGGGGCUGGAGCCCGACAGCAUCAGGUGCAGCGGGAACGGCACUUACGUCUGCGGCCUGUGUGAGUGCAACCCCAGCCACCUGGGCACCAGGUGUGAGUGCCAGGAAGGAGAGAACCAGAGCGGGUACCAGAACCUGUGCCGGGAGGCUGAGGGCAAGCCGCUGUGUAGCGGGCGCGGGGAAUGCAGCUGCAACCAGUGCUCCUGCUUUGAGAGCGAGUUCGGGAGGAUCUACGGGCCCUUCUGCGAGUGUGACAGCUUCUCCUGUGCCAGGAACAAGGGCGUCCUCUGCUCAGGCCACGGCGAGUGUCACUGUGGAGAAUGCAAGUGCCAUGCAGGUUACAUUGGAGACAACUGUAACUGCUCAACAGAUAUCAGCACAUGCCGGGCCAAGGAUGGGCAGAUCUGCAGUGAUCGUGGGCAUUGCAUCUGUGGGCAGUGCCAGUGCACGGAGCCUGGAGCCUUUGGGGAAACAUGUGAGAAGUGCCCAACCUGCCCGGAUGCUUGCAGCACAAAGAGAGAUUGUGUGGAGUGCCUGCUACUUCGGCCGGGGAAACCCGACAACCAGUCCUGCCACCACCUGUGCAAGGAUGAGGUGAUCACCUGGGCGGACACCAUCGUGAAAGAUGACCAAGAGGCCGUGCUGUGCUUCUACAAAACUGCGAAGGAUUGCGUCAUGAUGUUCACCUACGCCGAGCUGCCCAGUGGGAAGUCCAACCUGACUGUCCUCAAAGAGCCAGAGUGUGGCUCAGCCCCCAACACCGUCACCAUCCUGCUGGCUGUGGUGGGCAGCAUCCUCCUGAUAGGGCUUGCUCUCCUCGCCAUCUGGAAGCUGCUUGUCACCAUCCAUGACCGCAGAGAGUUUGCCAAGUUCCAGAGUGAGAGCUCCAGGGCUCGCUACGAAGUGGCCUUGAAUCCCCUGUACAGAAAGCCCAUCUCCACACACACAGUGGACUUCACCUUCAACAAGUUCAACAAAUCCUACAAUGGCACAGUGGACUGAGGGCUUGCGCUUCUAGAGAGCUGGAGGGGACUAAGGACAAACCACCAAAGCGCUUGGACCGGCUCCAUUCAUCAUGGCUUCCUAGAUAGGCAAGUGCGGAGAGG